AUGAACACGCUUAUUUUCCUAUUAAUCACGCUGUUGGCGUCUUGUGUACAGGUGAGCUGUUUCAAAAAAUACCUGAAGAGAGUGAGAUUCGAACCCACGCCCCCGAACCGCUCGGCCGUGAUUUACACUUGAUAGAAAGACAGGCAAUACCCAAAUGUUACCCAGUACUUGAUACGUGACUAUGACUUGGCUUAUGAUUGAAACAAUAGCGGAAAUAUUGGUGUGUGACUUGAGUUCGGUGCCCGCCAACACUAAAAUUACACCUAUCAGAAGAAGAAUCUCGAACCGAAAGCAACCGGUUCCCCUAUUUAACUUUUUUGUAGCCGACUGACUGCCAUAAACUCGUUUCAGGCUCAAGACUUCAUGUCUCUCUUCAAACCAUUCCUCGGAGGUGCCGGUGGCGGAGGCAAUCCAUUCGCGAAUCCUCAGGCGAUCGGAGUACGUUCUGCCACGUCAUUUCAGAAAUCGAAAGCCGGCUGAAGGGGCGAGGAUUGUUGUGUGAAUGGCGGUUACGCAAUGCCAAACACAUAACACGGGCAUUUAUUUGCAUACGGCAUUGAAACGAACAGAAAGCGAAGGGGGAUCGUCGUCGGCUAUUUAGCAGCAGGGGAUUGACGCGAUUCGGGUCUUUUUUGGCGGCAAUGCAACUUCUUGUUUCAGGGCAUCUUCCAACAGUUUGCCGGAGGAAAUGGAGGAGGAUUCGGGCAGUUUUUGGGAGCGAUGGCACCGGUAGGACCACCUCCGAGGGACCUCCCUCACCACUUUUGUUCCAGAAACCUCCAGCAGCUCCUCGACCAGCGAUGCCACCGGCUCCAACAAACGAGGACUACGCCACAGACUUCGACGAGAUAAAGCCGAAGCCGAAGCCACGAGCCAAAGCAGCCGUCCACAGACCGCCGCCCCAAGGUGAAGACGACGACCAAAUCGAUAUGUCACUCACUAGACUCGGCUAAUCAGCAGUAACCUCACUAACCUGUGUGCACACGUACGAUCUAUCAGAAAUACUAAUAAGUAGUACAAACUGCGUUUAGAGUGACAGAAAGUUACAGUGAUUACGUGAUGUUCUCUCUCUCUAUUUUUCUUUCUAGUUUAGCUAAUCUUGUUGUAAUCUCUGUAAUCUUUUGUCUCUCAAUAAAUAUUCAUUCAUCUAAUUCUCUUUUCACACACAUAUUUCAGCCGAUGCUCCGCCAGCUCCUCCACCGAGAACGAAAGCAGGAAAGAUUGAUCGCUUUAGGAACAUCGCCCGAACAUUCGCGCCGUUCUUCUUCAACGAAGUCGAGCAGAACACCACUCCGGCGCCUCAAUUCAACAAUUACAUCUGGCAGAAUGCUCCACCAGUCACUCCUGCUCCGUUCACUUUUGCUCCUUUCUCUUUCCCAACUCUUCCUACUCCAGCGCCUUCCGGACCUACUCUAGAACCUUAUCUCCCAACAACUGCCAGUCCCAAACUUCUGGCUCACAAUACCGCGAGAGUAUGUAAUUUAGCACAUCAAAUUCAAGUACUCUAGCCGAUAUUUCAGAUGAUCCGUGAGAUUGCCAGCUUCUCCGAUGGGGGCCAUACUCGCGAACAAGACUUCGGAGCCGUUCAGACGUUGAUGCAGGCGUUCUUCGAAGCCGUCUCAAUGAAUAACAAUGGAGCGGCCGGAUCAACGGGGGCAGCAGUGGGAACACCUUUGGGAGUGAGUUCCCAAGUACAGCAUCGCAAUGAAAUCUGAGAUCUUUCCAGGACGCGCCGAUGUUGAGCGCCAGGAGAGACGGAACCGAACUGGGAGCCAAUAGAGCACUGACUAACAAGCUUUUCGAGUCGGACAUGGUCCUUACAGUUCCACAGAUGAAGGCGUAAAUUCAUGUUUGAAUGUACUCUGUAAUAUUCUUCAUUUAAAGCGUCGUUCUGGCUGCUCAAGAAGCUCGUAACCCUCGUCGAAGGUACAGAAGAAAGGUGAUCACUGGAUCGGUGUACAGAUGGAAAGGAGCGAUUCCAUUCCGGUACAAAGGAGGAGACGCUAAGUGGAAGCAGCUCAUCCGAGACGGAUUGAACCUGUGGGAGAAGGAAACUUGUGUGAGAUGGAGGGAAAACGCGCCCGGAAAGGAUUACGUCAUCUUCUUCCGCGGAUCCGGGUAAGUUGUUGUUAGUAUCUACGUGAAAUGAGUAAGGAACUUCAGAUGUUACUCAUCGGUAGGAAGGACUGGCGGCUCGCAGCUCAUCUCAAUUGGUUACGGAUGCGAAGACGUUAGUGAUGUUAAAACCGUCACAGCAUUAACAGCACAUUUCAGAAAGGAAUUGUGGCUCAUGAAGUUGGACACUCUCUUGGAUUCUGGCAUGAACAGUCUCGCCCGGACAGAGAUCAGUACAUUCAUCUGAGGAAAGAAUGGAUCAUAAAGGGAACGGACGGAAACUUCGAGAAGAGAAGUUGGGAGGAAAUAGAAGACAUGGGAGUUCCUUACGAUAUCGGAAGUGUCAUGCAUUACGGUUCGAAUGCGUUCACCAAGGAUUGGGAUCAAAUAACCAUCGAGACGAGAGACAGCCGAUACCAAGGAACAAUUGGGCAGCGGCAGAAACUGUCAUUCAUCGAUGUAAAACAAGUGAAUCGGCUCUACUGCAAUUGUAGGUUACUCAAUCUCGCCCGCAACAAAUGAUACUUUUUCAGCGGUAUGCCAGACGGCGCUCGCCUGCCAACACGGCGGAUAUCCGGAUCCGAACAACUGCUCCAAAUGUAAAUGUCCGGACGGUCUUGGAGGGAAACUAUGUGAGCACGUGGCAAAGGGAACAGAUCAUGGUAAGCCUGAAAUUAAGGGAAAUAUAGUAGAUACCAGAAUUUGCAGCCAAGUGCGGAGGAGAACUGAUUGCCACUCCAGAAUGGCAGGAAAUGAUUUACAAAGGAAAAAGAACGUGCAACUGGAGAGUCAGAGUGAGUCUCUUCCCUCACAUCGAUCCGUAUUCCCAUAAUCCUUUCAGUCUCCAAAAGGCCGUGUCCGUCUGGUGCUCACCGAACUCCGUUACCAGUGUGCCACUUCAUGCAAAGCGUACAUCGAGGUGAAGCACAACAGCGACUUCCAACAGACCGGUUUCCGAGUAUGGUGGGUCCAAUUGAAUCGGGCGAGUGUCUAGUGUGGAACUGAACACUUUUCAGCUGUUUCAACAAGACUUACGACGUGAUUUCUGAUCAGUCCGAGGCGUUGAUUCUCUCGAACGCUAACAUCGUCGACUAUGAAGUGUCGUACAAACUGCAGUGGAUUCAAGGUGAGACGACAGUUUCAGAUGUAAUAAUCGAGAAUGUUUGCAGACAAUGGCAAGCCGUUGCCUCCUCCGAAACCCACUUCCACGUGGACUCCGGGACGGGAGAACCGUCCGUUCCGUGGAGUCGAGAAUACGGGCGGCUCGAUCGAGAAGUUCAUUCUGCAGGCGAUUCCCAAGAUCAGAGACUCGCACCGUCCGCUCGAGAGCAUCGCGAGCAUCGUCACCGAGUACGGACUUGCCACUCUACUCGGUAUAUCGCACAGUGGCAAGAAAUAA